AUGCAAGGAGUUACUGGUGCCCCUACCUCAUCUUCGAGCUCAGCGAGUCACUUACCUCCUCAUAUCACUAGUGGACGCCCUCAUAGUUAUAAGAUAGAGAUUGAUUAAGAAAGAGCAUUUUUCUUUGUAAUAUUCAAUUUCAAGAAGCUGAAUCCUUUGCAGUUUUUUAGUCCUCAUCUUCAAUCAAUCUGACGAAUCUUCCUGAAAGUCCAGCUACGAGCUGCAUCCUCGCUGGUUGGUCGCCUGCUUCAUCAGUUCAUCAGUAGGAUAGAAACUACAGGCCAACAAGGAAGAAGUAGUGGGAUAAUAUUAACUUUAGGUCGUGAGCGUGACGCACCAUUACCACACUUUUUUUGAAGAAUAUUGACAUCAGAUUGUAUCUAUAUAUCAUAAGGACCCCUAGCGCUAGCUCUACCCCGUCCUCCAUCUUCAUGACGUGUCCCGGAAGCGCAAACAGAUAGACGCUUUGGUGAACUUGACGAUGAGAAUGAGUCUGGAUACGCAUCACGAAGUAGAAGACGAAACCGAGAAUCCGCGUACCAAGUGCCAAAGAUCGUCGAGCAGCAAUGUCGACGAACAGUUGAUCACCGCAACUUCAUUUUUAUGGGGAAAGGAUGGAACAAAUGGUGUGAGACAGAGACGGAGAGAAAGUAGAGAAUUGGAGGAAGUCAUUUGAGAAAUAGAUAAUAUUGCUAUUGGAAUUGAAGAAUGAAGAUCUUGAAUCAUCUUGUCAAGUUAGAGUGUUUCUUGUUGUGACAGUUAAGAACACAGGACUCUUGUGAAGAGGAGACAUCACGUCGGUGACCAUGAUUAUGGAGUAAACGCGUUUCAUCUUCCUACUACACCCAGCUUGAUGCUUCUCUAAUUCAUCCUUCUCAAUCUCAACAACAGCCCUCCUCUCAACAUCAAGAACGUGCUCAGUCGGUUUCUAGUCCUCUCUUUUCCGGAUUCGGAGUGGAUAAAGGAUUUUAUGAUACUGGAACUGCAACUACAGGACCACAGGUCCACGAGGACCAAGGGAAAUAUAUUCAUGGUUUCCCAUGGUCCACAACUACUAAUGCCAUUACAACAUCAAUUUCAAGAGGGAGGAGCAGUAUACUUCCGUUUGAUACUACGAAUGGGGGUAGCGCGCAGGUCUUGGAUCCGGGAUUAAAUAGUGCUAAAAACGGGGGUAACGAGCAGCAACAGGUCGAGCAGGAUUUAGGUAGUACUAGUACUAAAAGUGGAGGUAAGAACGAGCAGCAGGCUCAGGCAGUGGAUAUCGGAAUGGAGAUACAUCAUGAAAACCCUGUUGGAGACGACGUGAGCGGUAGGAGGGAACAAAACCUGAAGAUGGAUGUAGUCGAUGUUGAAGACUAAGUCGUGACUGCGCUUCGACUACAACGAGUAUAGAACAACCAAGAAUCAACUUUUCUCGUGCCUUACACGUUACACACCGCAGAGCGAUUACCGUCUCAGUGAAACAUCAACAAGAUGAUGCUGUAGGCUUCGUCAAGAUACUAAUCUGGAAUCUAACCCAGAUGAAGCAUCGUCCCAGAUCAAAAAAAUCUAAAUCCAUGCGCCAAAGCCAAAGGCUGUUCA